AUCCGCGAUGAUGGUCCUCUGCGUCGAGAUCUAUUAAUAUAACGUCCUCUCCCUGUCAGGUCCGGUAUAUUUGCCCCGGUUCUCCCUUUGCUGCUUAUUUGGGCUCCUGCUACUACGACUGACGGUGCCGUCGCUUUGUCUGUUGUCUGUGUCUGUGUCUGUUGUCUGUUCGAUGUGGUACCGCCAGUGAUCAACAUGAAUGUAUUGAUUCACCAGGGUAACCUGUGGCUGGUCGGCCUGGCCAUGGUCGCACUCGGUGGAUUCUACCUCGCCACGGGGAAAUUGCAAGGUAGCGCCAUUUUACGCCGUCUUUGCAGCCACCGGGGGUCAAAAAGCGGGUGGCAAUCAUGGGUAGCAGACAAGAAGCCUGCCACUGGGCCUUCUACUCCAACCUAUGUGGAUAUCCUCCCGCCGCAACGUCGCCAUGUUCUUGCCUCGUUCCAGAUCGGAGUUCCGUAUGAAGAGAUUGACGAGAAAGAGGUGGGGGAGUACAGUAUUCCCAUGACAUCGAAUUACCAGACAUGCACGGAUAAGAGAUACACUCCCACAGGGUUCUCAGUGGCAGAAGUCAAAGCGUUAGGUGAUUUUCCCGACUAUGCAGAGCUUAGUGGAGUACCCUUGCCCGAGCCGUACCACGAGUUCGACAUUGACAAGGCGCUGGCCCGACCCUAUCGCCCUUUCCGAUGGUCCUACCAUCAGACGAUGUCUCUUACGAAGUUGGAAACGGACUGGUGGAUUGAACUCGAAAACACAUACAAGGAGAGAAUCGCCCAGCGCAAGGAGCUCUACGCGAAGCAUGGCAGUUCGGUGCUGGGAUACCUUCCUGGCUCGGAGCUGGCGUGCAAGGAACUCAUGGAAAUGGUGCUGCAAUUUGUCUGUGCCCGUUAUCCGCAGUACUUUUUCAUUGAGAACAAUCGCAUCCUUCACAACAAGAUCCUGGGCACGAAGCAGGAUGUCAAAUCGAAACAUCCCCUCGAGAUCCUCAUCGAUAAUGUACCGGAAGAUUUUGGGAUCAUGUUGCGGGAUGAGAAGACGGGCUUCUACUUCCUCCGCGCAGGUGUCAUCUGCUCGUCUCUGGGGUGGAACGUCGGGACCAAGAUUGGUCUCCAGCUGCAUCAGAUUCACGAGACCAUCCCCGACUAUAAGGAGAAGAUGCAAUUCUCUAUGGAUCGGUUCUUCACCAAAAUGCCGGUCGACAAGCCCAUUCAGCGAGGCUCCUGGGGCUUGGAGGUCGGACAGCCUCUGUACAUGCCCAAAGGGGAUCCUCACGAGACACUUCGCCUGUCUCAAGACCCUAAUCUCCAACUGGAGGACUGCCACCUCCGAGUCGACUGGCAGACCCUCCGCCGUCUUCCACUCUCUGCCGCGGUUGUCUUCAACUUUAAGGCUCUGUUCACCCCGGUGACGGAAUUCCGCGACGAACCGGGUGUACCGGCGCUGACGGCCAAGGUUCUCAAGGAGGGCAAGAAGAACCUGAUGGACUACAAGGGUACAUGGCACGUGGAGCACGUUGUGCUCCCGAAUUUGGAGACGUGGGCCAAGGAACAGGAGGACAGCGGACUCGUUCCGAAGGAUUGGCAGGUGGCUACAUUGGAUGAGAGCCCUUGGUACAAGGGUUGGCAGGAGAAAUGGCAUCGUCAGCAGGGAUUUUGAUCCUAUAGAUCGCCGGGCAUGGAUUGCAUAUGGGAGGCUGUAUGAAUCGACUGUUUCAUUGCUGGCGUUGAUAUUGCAGAUCUCGUCACCAGCACAUAUACCUGUUCGAGCGUGACUGAAGGGGGUAUAUAUGGCGUGUCCGGCCGGAGAUGUGUAGACGUAGUCGUCUUGUACCGUUUU